UCCUAUAUUUCUUUGCAUUGUAGAAUUUGGGUUUCAUGGCUUCUGCUGCUGGAGACCGACUCAAUGUAGUGCCUUCAAGAAUGACUUUGACACAAAUAAAAGGUCGUUUAGCGGGAGCAAAUAAAGGACAUAGUAUGUUGAAGAAAAAAAGCGACGCGCUUACUGUUCGUUUACGCUCCAUCUUGAAACAGGUGUUGGAGAAGAAGAACCUAACUGGAGAUGUUUGUCGUGAGGCGCUCAUCUCACUAGCAGUUGCCAAGUAUAUAGUAGGAGAAGAUUUCAAGUUACACAUCAUGGAAAAUGUGGACAAAAGUUCGUUGAAAGUUUCUUUUCAUUCGGAGAAUAUUGCAGGAGUCACUAUUCCUGUGUUUGAAAAAGUUUCCGUUGACGACGAUGGUACAGAAUAUUAUGGCGAAAGUGUGAAAGACAUAUCAGGGAAUGGAGUUUCUAAGGAAAUAUCUGAAGGUCUUUCCAACAAGUUCCAUUCAUAUGUCUCUCUUAGUGGGUUAUCAAAGGGAGGACAACAAAUCGCUACUUGUGGUGAAAAUUUUCGUAAAGCAGCAGAUACUCUUAUAUCGCUAGCAGAACUUCAAACUAGCUUUACUCUUCUUGAUGAAGCAGUGAAAAUUACCAACAGGAGAGUGAAUGCCUUGGAGAAUGUAGUUAUCCCACGUUUAGAAAACACAGUUGCAUAUAUUAUCAGUGAGUUGGAUGAGUUGGAACGAGAGGAAUUUUUUCGUUUGAAACUGGUUCAGAAUUGGAAAGAGAGAGAAUCGAAGAAUGCUCAACAAUUACGAGAACAAUUGGAACGGACUAGACAAGGUUUCUCUUCGUUUGAAAUGGAUUCGUAUGAAACGAAAGAACGACUUGUAGAGGGAUUGGCAAGUAAUGAUGAUUCUGAUAUUAUUUUUUGAGGAGACAUUAUGGUAAACAAACUUUUAUGGAGUUUAUUUUAACUGGACUUGAUGUCACCAUUUGUAGAGGAAGUGAUUGGGAGACGUUCCAUGAACGUUUCCAUUGUUCUUGCACUUUGUUUAUAUUGGAGCACCUCAAGUCAUCAAAUAACAUGUUGUUGAGACUGUAUAGAAUAGGGUUUGCUUCUAUAGUUUAUGUUGCUUUGUUGUUCUAAUACUUCAUAUACUUUGUGCUUGUAUGCUGAUUCGAUGACCAUUUUACACUGUCUGUAUAUUUGUCGUUGUUUCUCAACGUGAGAUAAUGUUAUCUU